CGUCUUCCUUCCUCGUUCGCUAGGGUUUGCGAAGUCGAAACUCAGAAAUCCGCCCGAACUCAGGUUAUUGACAUAGUUGUUGCAGUUUGAAAUGGGAAGAGCAAAGUACAUCAUCCCAGCUAUUUUGGGAUCAUUUGCCAUUUCAUAUGUGGCAGACCAGCUUGUUGCUGACAAGAAGAUUUUCGGAGGUACUACACCUAAAACUGUUUCAAGCCAGGAAUGGUGGGAGGAGACUGACAAGAAAUUUCAGGCUUGGCCUCGUACUGCUGGUCCACCAGUUGUCAUGAAUCCCAUUACCCGCCAGAAUUUCAUAGUCAAGUCAAAAACUGAUGCUUGAAGACAUAAUUUUCACUUGUGAUUUGUCAAUGGCUUUGAUUGUUGUUCUAAGCACAUAACUUUUUGUUGCCAAACAUUGUUUAGUCUGCUUUGCAUGUAGAGAGAGCCAUUCUCGAUUCAGGGAAUGGUCCUUAUGUCCUCUUUAUUUUGAACAUAUGAUGCACAGGAUUGUUUGAGGAUGGUGUUAAUCUUAUAAGGUCUGAAUAAAUAUCCAUCUAGCAAUACCAAAGUGGUUAUUCAAUGACCCUUCUGAUUAUUUUUUUAAUACAUGCUUUAAUUUUUU